AUGGGGGCGGACUUGGAGGACGAAAUGCUGAUAGCAUCACCAUUUCCAUGGACUGCACCUCAUCUGGUGAGGCUGAAAUUUUGUGCUCUCAGUCUUGUCUUGUUCCCUUCGGCAAAUGGAUACGACUUGAGUAUGAUCAAUAGUUUGCAGUCCUUACCCCCCUGGGAGCCUGGAUGGGAUUAUCACCCUGUAUAUUGGAUAGGACUGCUUCUAGCUUACACCGUUGCUCCAUAUAUAUCCGACCGGUUUGGGCGAAAGAUAUGUCUCUAUGUCGGGCUUCUAUUCGUGACUGCCGGAGCAAUACUACAAGGACUCUCGCCGAAUCCGACCGGCUGCAUUGUUGGACGUGGUCUGGCAGGGUGUGCAGCCUGCUUUUGGAGUUGUAAUGCUCCAGUACUCGUCAGAGAGAUUGCAUACCUGUCGCAUCGAGCAACGACUAGCUCCUUCUAUCAAUGUGGUUAUUAUGUCAGAAGUACCCUCGCUGCUUGGAUUAUCUACGGCAUGCUGAGGAACUCUUCCUCAUGGAGCUGGCAAUUCCAUCGCUCCCGCAACUUAUUUUACCACUUUGUGCACUGCCUGGUCUCCUGCUCUGUCCAGAGAGUCCUCGGUGGCUCCUAUCGCAGGGACGAGCUGAGGAGGCCCACGCAAUUCUCACACAGUGGCAUGCUGGGGGUGAUAGGAACAACCCACUUGUCUCUUAGCAAAUGCAUGAGAUUCAGGCUGCUCUCAAGAUUGAGACCGAGUCUACAAAGGCCAAUCGUCGCCCCCUGUUCAGCCAAUGGGGUGAGAAUGGGGUUGUCUCGUUUUAUCUUACAGAGGUCCUCACAGCCGUCGGCAUCACCAAAGUCAAGCGAGCAACUUAUCAUUACAGCUUGCCUUCAGAUAUGGGAUCUUAUCUGCGGAAUUGGCGCGGCCCUCCUGGUGGACCUAGUGGGCAAGCGUCCUCUGUUUCACUCAUCGGCAAUCAUCAUGACCAUCAGCUAUAUUAUGAUAACAGCAUUCACGGCGAGCUUUGAAGAACAUCAUGAACGCUCGGUGGGAACUGCUGUGAUUCCAUUGCUGUUCAUUUAUUUUGCUAGCUACGGCAUCGCCCUGAUCCCGUUACUCAUUGCCUAUCCUUGUGAGAUAUGGCAAUUUAGUCUCCGUAUCCGAGGGCUUAGUAUUACAUGGAUUUCAUCCUGUCUGUUUGCCUCGUUCAAUUCGCUGGACAAUCCGAUAGCCCUCGAAACUAUCUCGUGGAAGUAUUUUGUAUUUCUGAAAGUCCUUAUUGUAUACGGCAUAACCGAGUACUACAUGUACCCCGAAACAAAAGGCCGUUCCUUGGAAGAGAUCCAAAGGCUGUUUCAGAGCGAAAACCCCGAACCAACGUCAAGCAGGGCGACUGACUAA